GCUUUAUGAAAUUGUUACUUAACGUUUGUACCUCCUGCUGAUAAAUGCGAUGCCGGCAGAGGCCAAAUCUUCUAACUUUUAGGAGGUAGGUAGGUAGGUACAUCCUUACAUAUUUGUAUGAAGAAAUGAAUAUGUAGAAUGAAGCCCUUUCAACCACCUUAAAAUGCUUUCUCAUCUCUGGAACUUACCUUUAAUUUGUUAUUUAAUGCUGCUUCUUUAGGUCUACCCAUUCCUAGUUCUAGCAAUGUCACUCGCAAAAGUUAAGCAUAUUCUCCUAGUCCUCUCUGGCAAGGGAGGCGUAGGGAAAUCGUCUGUGACCACCCAGCUUGCAUUAUCCCUUUCGCUCUCUGGGUAUUCUGUCGGAGUCCUUGAUGUCGAUCUUACUGGGCCUUCGAUGCCGCGCAUGUUUAAUAUCGAAGAUGCGAAAGUUACCCAAGCGCCGGGAGGUUGGCUUCCCGUGGCCGUGCAUCCUGCGAACCCCGAGACCGGUAUAGGCGAACUGAGAUGCAUGAGCCUUGGCUUCUUAUUGCAUGGAAGAGGCGACGCAGUUGUAUGGCGAGGUCCCAAGAAAACCGCCAUGGUCCGACAGUUCCUCUCAGAUGUAUUGUGGGGAGAACUUGAUUUCCUACUCAUCGAUACACCCCCAGGGACGUCUGAUGAGCAUAUAUCACUUGCCGAAACACUGCUGAAAGAUGCAUCACCUGGUCAGGUCGCCGGUGCGGUAGUGGUGACUACACCCCAAGCAGUUGCUACGGCGGACGUCAGAAAGGAGUUAAAUUUCUGCGCAAAGACAGGCAUAUCGGUCAUUGGCGUUAUUGAAAAUAUGGUCGGGUUCGUGUGCCCAAACUGCGCAGAAUGCACAAACAUUUUUGGAAAAGGAGGAGGCCAAAUCAUGGCAGACGACUUCAAUGUGCGCUUUUUAGGAGGUGUCCCUAUAGACCCUCAGUUUGUUAUGUUAAUCGAAACGGGACGACGACCACGAUAUCCUAAAGGCACCGUUAUCGACGGGCAAGACUUCUCUGAGACACAUCAAAAUGGGCAUACAGACACAUCGGCUGCAGAGACGAGAGAAUCCGGCCUACUUGCAGAGAAAUACCUGGAGUGUUCCCUUGAGCCUAUCUUCAAAAAGAUCACGCAAGAUAUCGUCACAGCCAUCGGAUGAUGUCGGACAUAUUGUUAUCAGCCUAAGUUCUCUCAUCUACCUAGAAUCUUACAUCGAUAUGACCAAAGGGAGCAUACCUAUAUAUUAAGAUCUGAUACAUACCUAGGCCUGCAGAAGCCAACGGUCUGUUUUUUUUUGUGGUUGGGCAGCUAUCGCUACAACUAAAUUCUGCGGCUUCGACUAUCGCAAUCAUAUGCCACAUGCUUGUGGAGAAGCAAGUUUCUGCGACGCUGUGAUUAAAUGCCGACCUAUAACGAUCUAUAUCUCGCAGGCCGGUCAGGGGCGUGACAUCCAUUUCAUCAUCAUUGUUAGCGAUAGGGCUAUCUAGAAAAAGAAUUUUUUUUAUUCAAGUGACCUGCAUUCUCCAAAUCCCGCGGCUGUGGAAACUUUCCUCGGACUGUGACCAUUUUGCUAAGAGUCAUUUAUGCAGAGUUACGAUCCUAGUUCUUUUGUUCGUGUGUAACAAAAUUUAAGUUAGCAACCAGGAAAUAAAUGGUUGUGGUGGCAAUGCGCAAUGCUACGUUCGCACUCAUAGGCACGAAAUAAAGACAGGAAUCGAUUUGACAA